GAGGAGCAUCUGUAUCAGUGCUCAGAGAGUGAUGAACGAGCCGCAGGUCGCCAUAAAACACACGUUUUCCUCCCGCAGAGCCGAGUGAGGUGAUCGCAGGUGUCGGGUCUGGCAGGGCGGAGGCGCGCCGCGGUGCCCUUGAGGAGACUGCCGCAGAAGAAAGAGGAGUGGAGCGGGUAGAAGAAGAAUAAGCAGGGGAACAAAUGGACAAGAAGAGGUGAUGGAGCGUCGGGGAUGCUCAGUAAAUGACUGAGGCUGACCGAGAGUGAAGUUCAACCCGGCGGGAUCCGCUGGUUUGCGGGAAAGCAGGUGUCUGUCUUCUUUGAACUUUUACAAUGGAGUCCACUCACCUCCUGGGAGGCUCUAAGAAAAGAGUAAAGAUCCACCCUCACACUGUCACAGCCAAAUACGCCACGCACACCCCCUACUCCCCUCAACCUGGAGUGCACACACACUUCCCCCAACCCGGGGACGAUGGCUACGAUGAUGCUCCGUCUUUCGAGGACUUUGGCUCCUUCCUGGAGGAGACGUCAGACAGGAAACAGCUGACGGAGAGCAAGAGGUGGCCUCUGACUCUGUUUGGCUCCAGAGACAAAGACAAGGACACGACCCACAAACCCCAAGCUGCCGGAGGAGGGGAGGGGAGCGAAGGUGGAGCUAAAGCAGCAAAGGGGUCUGGGAAAGGGGUGGGGGAACAGCUGGCCAGUUUCGGGGAGGCUUCUGUGUCUGCGUCUCGGCUCACCUGGGUGGGGCUGCUCGGGGCGGCGCUGUCUCACGGCUGUUUGAUCGUUCUGACACGUGUGGCUUCUGAGCGCUUCAGCCUCGGCCCCCUGUUUCUGCUCUUGGUUCGGUCCAUCGUCCAGCUCUUAUCUGUGGCUGUACCACUGCAGAAGGGGGAGAACCCUUUCGGACCAAAAGGCUAUCGUCUACGUCUACUCGGUUAUGGCAUUGCCUACUCUCUCUCCCUCUGCUGCGCCUACUCAUCCUUAACCUUCGUCUCCCCUGGAAAUGCCACGACAACCUGGCGCCUGGCAACCACGGCGCUGUCGGCGACUCUGGCUUUCCUGCUCCUGGAGGAGAGGCUGGGAUUGGCUGAUGGCAUCACCAUAGCUGCAGGGCUGUGCGGUUUGGGGCUUGUGUUGCUUCCCACAGCAGAUGAGAACAAUACAGGUUCAUCAACUGACCCGGUUGCAUUCUGGAGGGGUGCGUUCGGAUGGUCUCUUUCAGCGCUGGCGGGGCUGUGGAUGGCUCUGGCGCUGGUUGGAUAUCGCUCCCUGAAGGAGAGAGUGGGAGUUGGCACGGCUCUCUUCACAGUAAGCUGGACGGGCUGCCUGCUGGCCCCAGCCUCCUUGGCCCUGCUCCAGGAGGGCUGGUCCUGGCCUACGAGUACCACAGCCUGGGGUCUAGUCCUGGGCCUGGUUGCCUGCUCAAUUGCAGCCUUCUUGGGGAUGACGCAUGCCCUCACCCGACUCCACCCGGCUCUGGUCUCCGCCUCUCAGAGCCUGGAGGUACCUGUUGCCCUGCUUCUGUAUCUAACCGUGCUGCCAUUGGCUCCCACUGCCCCUGAGGUUGUCGGAAAUGUGAUGGUCAUACUGAGCGUUGGCUGGCUGGUGGCAAUGAAGCUGCUGCCCUCUCGCGGGGUUGGGCGCCACCAAAGGGAGGAGUACGAGGAGAUUCUGGACUCACCCAUCAAAUAGACACCUCCUCUCUCCUACUCACACUUCCCCUCUCUCUCACCCCACUCUCUCCUCUAUGAGAUUUGUUUCUGUUGUACAUAAGAGACUGCUAAAUGUUUAUUGGAGCUUUAUCUAUUUUGUAUUGUCCUCUUUGCUUUUGGGAAAGUGCCGAUAUUGUGUUGUCUGUUAUCAUGACCAUGUGAUGUGACAUUAAAAUCUGA